UGUAAUUGAGAUUUGGUUUAAAGGUUAAAAGGCUUUUGAAUAUUUUCUCAAAAAAAAAAAAAAAAAAAAAAAAAAAAAGAAGAAGAAGGUAGGAUGCGUCGUCACUAGUCAUAUUUAUUCUCUUUAUUAUCAUGAUAGCUGUACGAGAGACCCACAAAACACAUUGCAAUGGAGAGCAGCAAAUGGCUUGCUGCUGUGGCUAGCAUAUGGGUCCAGUGCAGCAGCGGUGCAUCGUACGCCUUCGGCAUUUAUUCGCCUGUCAUCAAAUCCUCUCAAUCUUAUGAUCAAUCCACUCUCGACGUCGUCUCCGUUUUCAAAGAUAUCGGCGCCAACGCUGGAAUCCUUUCUGGCCUCCUUUACACCGCCGUCGCAUCCAAACCUAGCUCCGGUGGAGGAGGACGGUUUAAGUUUCUCCAUGGUGGGCCGUGGGUUGUGCAUCUGGCUGGAGCGGUUCAGUGCUUUGCUGGGUACUUUUUCAUGUGGCUUGCUGUUACUGGAAUUGUAAGCAGGCCGCCUGUGGCUGUUAUGUCGCUGUUUAUGUUUAUUGCUGCGCAUGCUCAGACUUUUCUUAAUACGGCUAAUGUUGUUGCGGCUGUUCAGAAUUUCCCGGAUCAUAGUGGGACUAUUGUGGGUAUUAUGAAGGGUUUUCUUGGUUUGAGUGGAGCAAUUCUAAUACAAGUGUAUCAGACCAUAUUCAAUAACAAUCCAAGCUCGCUGAUAUUGAUGCUUGCGUUACUGCCGACUAUAGUCACCCUGAUGCUCAUGUUUUUGGUGACAGUCCAUGAGACACCUUCAAGAAAUGAGGAGAAUCUCUUGAAUGGCUUCUUAUUAAUUUCUUUAGCUAUUGCUGCAUAUCUUCUGUUCUUAAGGAUUUUGGAGAACUUGUUUGUCUUCCCAGAAUGGGCAAAGAUAAUCACAUUUUUGAUUCUCCUUGCUCUACUCGCUUCUCCUAUUAGUGUCGUAAUCAAGGCCCAAAGGGUUGAUCUAGAGAGACUGCCGCCAUCAAUCACAUCUUCGACUUCUCUAUUGGUAGAUGAACCUGCGAGUGCUAAUAAAUCGGCUGUUGAGAUUAAUACUAUGGAUUAUGAUGAUGUGCCUACAGAGACAGUCCAGCGUAAGGCUAGCUCUAUCUUGCAGCCCGAUGAACAAAAGAAUUUGUGGCAAGCCAUGUGCACUAUAGACUUUUGGUUUCUAUUUUUCGCUAUGAUAUGCGGAAUGGGAUCAGGACUAGCCACAAUAAAUAACAUUAGCCAAAUUGGGGAAUCACUUGGUUACUCAACAUUAGCAAGAAGUACAUUAGUUUCUUUCUGGAGUAUAUGGAAUUUUCUCGGCCGCCUUGGAGCUGGAUAUGUAUCAGAUAUAUUCCUGCUCAGGAGAGGUUUGCCAAGACCAUUAUUCAUGGUAUUUACCCUAGCAGCAAUGACUGCUGGUCAUGUGAUUAUCGCUUCAGGUUUUCCUGGAAAUUUGUACGUGGGUUCACUGCUAGUAGGUAUCUGCUAUGGCUCGCAGUGGUCGUUGAUGCCUACAAUAACUAAAGAGAUAUUUGGUGUGCUUCAUAUGGGUACAAUUUUCAAUACAAUCGCCAUAGCUAGUCCAGUGGGCUCCUAUAUUCUUUCUGUGAGAGUAAUUGGCUAUAUAUAUGAUAAAGAGGCAUCGGGAGAAGGCAAUUCGUGCUUCGGCACUCACUGCUUCAUGUUAUCGUAUUUCAUAUUAGCAUCAGGAAGUCUUUUUGGAGUUGUAGUUGCCUUGGCAUUGUUUUACAGGACUAGAAGGUUCUAUUCUCGUGUGCUGUUGUUGUGCUGAUCACAGACAUUGAAAGCAUCUUUGUCUUCCUAUUUGCUGGCAUAGAUUUAUUCUUGUAGAGUACACUUGCUAUUUUGUAUCUGCAUCUUAAUUUUUUUUUUUUUUUUUCUAUAAACAGUAAAAUCAGAGUUGUGUAAUGUACAUAUUCUUUAAGAAAAAUAUUUUUGAUUCCUGGAUUACUACAUGGGAAUUUAAUGAUCCUGGAUAA